AUGCUGUCAUUCAACCCUCCAGCGGUAUAUCAGGCCUCCAAAUGCUAUGUGACGUAUGGAGUAUUGGGUCAUUUAGACCCAAAUCAACUACCAUCCAAAUCAAAGCCAUGGGCAACACUUACAUGCCAAGAUUUUGUCCACAAGGCCGACCUCCUUAUUCCUCAAGAUGUGUUCGAUGUAGCCUUGAAACAACUGGUCAAGGAAAGACCGGCCCCUGAGUUUAAGAGGGUAGUCAUGUCACUGCAUGACAUUCUGUCCGGUGAAUUCUUCACAGAGUACAUCAAGAAAGGAAACAUUCUGAUGCUUUCCGAGGGCCGGAGAGGAAUCGACAAUGUCUUCACUCUUAGAAGUGGCAAGCUCGUCAUGUUUCUGGACAAGGAAGCAUAUGAGAAGGCAGGGCUUGUUGGUAAACCUCAAGGGGUCAAGGGGAAGCGGGGUCUAAAGCCUCGAUGGGUUGUCGAAUGUGAUCUCACGAGCCCUUCGAUGUUUCCGGGAAAGAAAGGCUUCGACCGGCUAGUUUACGCGAGCAAGAAUGCGCUUGCCGCCUCAGUUACAUGGCUGUUUUGCAACUUGGCUCCCACCGCUCCUGACCCAGAUCCGCUCUCACGGCAUUUUCCACUCAACUAUACCUGCGCCCCUGGCGUCGUGGAGGGCAUUGCCGUCAAAAUCCCCACACUUAAGCCAACUAUCGAAUCCAUCGAUCCAUCCUCCAGGGAAGACUUUGAGGACUUCUCAACUGGAUUGUAUGAGUGGCUAUCCCUCGCUCGCCUCCAGACUCCGCGCAUCGAGGUCGGGGAUGAGAUCGACCCGUACCUGUCUCGCUACCAGGUCCCCAGCGCCGAACGGCAAGCCAAGAUCUGCAAAAUCAGCUGGCAAGGUUUCCUCGCACCGUCAUGGUCCCGACAGACUCUGAUCGAUAUCAUAACGGCGCUGCCGGCCAAGACGUGGUUUUCCUUCAGCACCACAACCUUCACCAGGGGUAUGGCUGGGGACAACUCUGAGUGCACGAUCCUCCGUUUGCCAGAUUCGCCAGGCGAGUACCUCAUGUGGGAGGUCAAGGCGCAUGAAUGA